AUGAGUACAGUGAGUACAGAGGAUCGAUUAGAAAUUAUUGUAGAAGUGUUGGAUAUAAAUGAUAUUGAACCGACGUUUGCAAAAAGCGUUUAUGAAAUACAAGUUAGAGAAGACGUUCCGGUAAAUUCAACCAUUUAUCAAUUACUAGCUACUGACAAUGAUGUGAAUUCAACAAUCACAUAUUCAUUGGAAAAUAAAGCUGAUUCAAAUGUUACAUCAAAAUUUAAAGUUGAAACAAAUGGCCGAGUGACUGUGGCUGAUAGAUUGGAUUAUGAACAAAGUAGCUCCUAUAGCUUCACUGUGCGCGCUAGUGAUGGAGAAUUCUAUGCUCUAGCUAGACUUAUUAUUGAAGUUAUAGAUGUGAAUGAUGAACCUCCGGAGUAUGUAUUAAAUCCGCAUCGAUUGACGAUACAAGAAAAUAAACCUGCAAGAACAUUAAUUGGUCAGCUCCUCGUAAUUGAUCGCGAUAGCCCAGAAAUCAAUGGGCAAGUACAGUGUAAAGAACCCUCCAAUGUUGAAACAAAACAACCUAUACUCUUUGUGAGAGAAUCUACUUAUAUAACUGACAAGUUCUUUCCGUCACUAGCGCCAUCACAAUUUGAUGUCAGUAGUCACCUGAAAACUUCACUGUUACAAUCAAGUUCUGAGACGCAUGUAUAUCAACGGUAUACACUCUACAGUCAAGCUGAAUAUGAUCGGGAGAGUGGAAUGGUUGAAUACCACAGUAUUUUAUAUUGUUGGGAUGGUGUUUCUGCAGCCUCAUCAUCUGAAUCAUCAUUUUCUGUAUCGUCAUCAUCGUUAACUGGACUUACAGCUACUAUGACUAUUACACUGUAUGUGGCAGAUGAAAAUGACAAUGCGCCAAUCUUUGAGAAACAGCAGUAUGAGGCAGAAAUAAUUGAAAAUGCGCCAACUAGUACAAAGAUAAUCCAGGUACAUGCUACGGAUAAGGACGUUGGAGAAAACGCCGAAGUUCAUUACAGUCUGGAAAAGAAUGACUUGAUCACCCCUUACUUUCAAAUAGAUCCGGUUACUGGUUGGAUUAUGAGUUCAGCUGAAAUUGAUCGUGAAGCUCAGUCAGAAUUUCAACUUACAGUGCUGGCAAUCGAUGGUGGCUCCCAUGCACUGGAAAGUCGAUCGCACAGAUCGAAAGGCGUCAUCGCAAAUUAUCAUACAGCAACAGCACAAUUACUCAUAAGAAUAUUAGAUGAAAAUGACAAUCCACCUGAAUUCCGUGGUCCAAGACAGUUUGCUGUAGAAGAAAAUCAACCACCACACACGUGGAUUGGUGAUCUUCAAAUACUAGACAGAGAUGAAGGGCUUAACAGUGAAGUGACAUUUAAAAUUUUACCCACGAGACCAAGCAAUGCCAGCCCUGGACAAAAUUCAAAGAAGAUUAAUAACAGUAUAACUCUGGAAUAUGAUCUGCCAUUUUAUUUGCUGAAUAAUGGAAGUUUGUUCACCUCAGAAAUACUGGACAGGGAGAAUCAGUCCCACUACUGCUUUGAAGUGAUUGUCUCUGACACGGGUGGGAAUAAGUCUUAUUCUACCGUUGAUACCAUAUGCAUACGUGUAUUGGACACAAAUGAUAACCAACCGUAUUUCACUGAAAUUAAAGGAGUAGAUCAAGCUAUAAUUACUAAAGAAUCAACCGCGAAUAAUUUAUCCUACUCAACAUCGUCUUCAAUUAUUCAACCUGAUUUAUUUAAUCAAAGCUUCAUACAAUCAGAUGCUUUACAAAAUUCUGUUGUUCAUUUAUCAGUGAAUGAAGCACCAGGUUAUUGUGUACUGAUAGCUAAAGCAGUUGACAAUGAUGAAGGUAUAAAUGCACAACUACGAUACAGCAUUCAACAGUAUAAUUCAAAUACAAGUCAGGCGGAAGAAACUACAAAAGCCCGCCAAAUACUGAAUGCAUUUACAAUGAAUCCUAAAGAUGGACAACUUACACUGACUAGAUAUUUACGCUGGUAUGAAAUAGGUACUUAUGAAAUAAUACUAAGUGUGGAGGACAAUGGAAAACCAGUACAGAGAGCAGAGAAGGUUAUUCAACUAAGUAUAGAGGAGAUUCCAGCUCAAGGAAAUCAACUACUAUUACCUCCAGGAAUAACAACAAUGCAUGGUUCAAAGUUAUACAAGUCAAAGUUUAAAAUUUCAGAAGCACGUACCAUCCUUAUUGUGAUAAUCUUGUCUGGAUUAUCAGUGUGUUUAGCUGUUGUAAUAAUCAGCACAAUUCUGUGCAUUGUUAAGCCUUGCUUGAAAUCAAAGUCGUCGUUUCACUUGAAAGAAACGAAAAAAGGCAAAUCACGUGAUAGAUGUAAACAUUACGCAAAAAGGUUGAAUACUAAAACUUUCAAUCAGAGUAGCACUAAAUUGCACUCAGUUACUCGUGAGAAUGGUAAUAAUAAAAACUAUGAACACCAUCGAAAUCGUUCAAGUGAAUUCGAUCCUUUAUCCUCUACUCUAACUCGUCAUCAAGCUCACCUCCAGAAUGAAAAAGGAUUACUAAUCACUAAUAAGCCUUAUGCAAAUCCUAAUUACAGCUUAGAACCAUAUAAAUUAGUUGGAAUUGACAAUUGUUUCACCGGUACUAUCAUUCAAAAUAGGAAUAACUCACCGACAACAUUCAAUAUGUCAUCAUCAUGCACAAGUGGUUUAAGUAGCAUGGAACAAGAGUUAUGUAUGAUUAACGGGACAAGAGCUGUAUGUGUGGGAAGAGUGAUAACGCCGGUUGAUUCAAUUCAAAAUGUGACUUCUCAACAAAAUUGCAAUGCAGUGUACUUAGAAUACCCAUGUAAUGACUAUCCAUCCACAGUAUUGAACGCAUUCCCCCAUGCCAUACCCUCUAGAUGUUCAGCUUGUUCACCACACCAGCUGGAUACUUUCAACCAAUCAUUCCAAGCAUCACAGUCAACCUUUGCAAUGCCAAUACUAGUAACUUCCAAUAAUCCCUCUAUAAAAUCUGAUCCGUUUACACUUCAGUGUCAAGAAACAACAAACCUUCCAACCUGUUAUCAACACCAAGAUGGAUCAUUUCUACUGUCUUCAAAUCUUUUGACUAACGCAUCAGUAGUCUUCGACUUAAGUACCAAUAGUUUUAUUGAUAUGAAAGUAUUGAAUCAAACAAAUCACUUGAGGAGCGAGGUUACUGACGCGUCAAGUCCUCCUCCUCCAAUAGUCAAUGGGGAAGAACAACGGUCCGAUAGUGGUCGUGGUGCAAGCGAUGAAGAAAAUUCUAGUCAAGUCCCUAUAACUAAUGAAGAAAUUAUUUCGUCGACAGUGAUCAGCCCAGGUGUUUGUGAACAGAAGAAAUUUAUCAUGCUUGAAUGUCAAGUGAAUACUAAUACGGAAAUUCAUUCAAAUACGUUUGCAUAAUAUGGAAUGAAGUAAUUGUGCCGGCUUACGUGCCACAUCUAUUUCACACGGUCUUAAUAUUCAAGCUGUUAUUUCAGACACAUUUUUUUAUACGAAUUAAGCGUGUAACCCUGAUGUCAAAGCACCUAUGCAACAGUUUCCCCCUCUCCCCGUACACACUCAAGAUAUGGAUGAAUAAUUUACGAUAUAGCACAUAUGUAUAUUAUAUGUAGAUGAGACAAUGGAACGCACCAACUAACGUUAUUGUUUAUUUGGUAUAAUCAUGAAUACAGUUCUGCUCUAAAUAUGAGAAACAAUUUUAUACUUCUACCAACUAACUAACUAUAAAGAAUA